AUACCAAUUACCAUUACCCCCACCCACUCACUUUAUCAAGAACAAGGACGGAUCCAAAAUCGCGAAUAACAGAAAACCCUAGCCCCUUUCCCCCCGUCCCCCUCCUCUCUUAGCCGCGAAUUCCCUCUCUUUCUCUCUACACAAACAACCAACCAACCAACCAACCAACUUUAUCAAGAUCCUGCCCUGUGUGACCAAUUUGAAGAUAGGGUUAGGGGUUUUCAAAAUUAGGGUUAGGGUUACGAAUAAUUUUUGUUGACAAAUGGAAUGCUGCAUGGACGGUGGUGGUUUGGUGAAAUGACCAAAGGACCAUGUCAGGGGCUGAGGAAGAUGAUGGGUAGAAGUGCCAACGGAGGUUGCGGCACUGAGGAAAAACAUUGCCCAGUUUCUACUUCUAGGGUUCCGACCAAGUUUUCACCGGAAGAUAAAGACGCACCACUGGCUCGACUAGUAGGGAUUGAUUUUUACGCACAGGCUUGUAAGGCCCUUGCUGUUCUUUCUCCUUUUGAUUUGGAGGAUGGUCAGAAGAAGAGCUCAGCUAUUGUAUCGACGCUUCCUGGUGGUUUGGCAACCUGUUUGUCCAAACAUUCUGAUAGUCGUAAGCGCCAUAAGAAGUCCCAUUUGGGCUCAGACACCAAGAAAAACAAGUCCUCUUCCAGACAGGAGAAACCUCGUGGGAUCACCGUUUGGUCUGAAACAGAGGAUUACUUUAGGGAAUUGAAGGUGGAUGAUAUUGAGAGGUUAAAUGAUGCUUCUUCUUUUAGGGACAACAAGUUUAUUUCAAUUCCGUAUCCUGGAAAUAAUAACGAAACAAAUAAUCAUAGUGGGGUGGUUGUUGCUGCUGGGGAGGAGCAGGAUGUUAACCACUUCAUGGAAGUAGAUGACACAGGUGCUAAUGAAAUUUCAAAUAACCAGCAAGAAGAUGACACUGCCUGUUCUUUACCACAAUCCUCUAGUGGAGUAGAAUGGCUUUUAGGUUCUCGAAGUAAGAUAUAUCUGACAUCUGAGCGCCCUUCUAAGAAGCGAAAAAUCUUGGGUGGCGAAGCAGGCUUAGAAAAGCUAUUUGUUGCUCUUCCAGUUAAAGACCAGGACCAAGGGCCAUCUACAUCCUGUCAUUAUUGCAGCCUGGGCGACACAGGCAAUCAGUUGAACAGAUUGAUUGUUUGCACGUCUUGUGGUGUAGCAGUACAUCAGAGAUGUUAUGGUGUGCAACAAGACGAUGAAGCUGGUUGUUGGGUAUGUUCUUGGUGUAGGCUGAAGAGGGAUGAAGAUAAAAGCACCGAUACCCAUUGCCUGCUUUGCCCACAGCAGGGUGGUGCUCUAAAGCCUGUGCGCAAGAGAGGUGCUGGGAAUGAUGAGGGUGGUCUCAUGGAGUUUGCUCAUUUGUUUUGUUGUCAGUGGAUGCCUGAGGUCUACAUAGAAGACACCAAAAGCAUGGAGCCGAUAAUGAACAUUGAGGGUAUCAAGGAGACGCAGAAGAAGUUAAUUUGUUAUAUAUGCAAGGUGAAGUGUGGUGCCUGUGUUCGUUGCAGUUAUGGAUCUUGUCGAACUUCUUUCCAUCCUGUAUGUGCAAGGGAAGCAAAACACAGAAUGGAAAUCUGGGGGAAAUUCGGAUGUGAUGAUGUUGAGUUACGAGCUUUUUGCUUAAAGCACUCUGGACCACAAAAAGAUCAUAGCCCACAUCUGGAAAACCUUUCUGUAGGAGUUGAAGAUGUGAAAGUGAAUGAUUAUUCUAAUUUCACUCUACUUCUGAAGAAGUUGAUUGAACGAGGAAAAGUCAAUUUGAAAGAUGUGGCCUCAGAGAUUAAUGUUUCUGCUAACUUGUUGGCAUCAAAUCUCGCUGAUGACAGCUUACCUCCUGACUUGCAUGGAAGAAUAGUCAAAUGGCUAAAAAGCCAUGCUCAUGUUGGUGGGUUGCAGAAAAACUUGAAGCUUAAACUUAUGUCUCCAUGCAUAUCCAAGGCUGAGAAAGAAUCUGUAGCAUUAGAAAACAAUGUGGGGAAUUCUCCUGUUAAGUCAGCACCACAUUGGAGAACUAAAGGAAAUAUUAGGGUUUUGAAGGAUAACAGUCUUAUAUUGUCUCUGAAAAGGAGUUCUGGAGAUGAUGGGGUUGUUAUGGAUGGGGAUAAAAAUGGUGGACUUGAGGAGUCUUCUCCUGAUUCUAAGGAAAAGAUAUCAGCAGAAUCCUGUCCUGCUUCUGAUCUGUUGGUCAAUAAUUCUGACAGUGGUCAAACUCAAGCUGGCGAGGCUGUUGAAUCUAAGUGUGAUACCAGGGUGAAUUCCAAUCUUGGGAACCAUGAUUGUUUAAUGGCUAUGAAUGACACCCCUGAUACUAUUAGAACAGAAGCUUUACAUGAUUCUUAUGUCCAUCCACUUAUACUCCUGAAAAAUCAAGUUUUGUCCAAGAUCAAUGCUGACAAGGAAGACGCUUUACCAUGCGUUUCCCAAAAUCAAAAUUCACCCUCUACUGAGUCGAGUUGUGACUCAGAAAAAACUAAGCUCAUAAACAUGUCUCCAAUUGAUGAAUUGGAAGGAGAACUGGUUUACUAUCAGCAUCACCUACUUUGCAAUGCAGUUUCAAGAAAACACCUAAGUGAUGAUUUGAUUUCAAAGGUGAUCAAGGUUCUUCCAGAAGAGAUUGAGACACUAAGAAAACGAAACUGGGAUGCUGUGUUGGUGAGCCAAUAUCUUUCUGAGCUUAGAGAAGUCAAGAAACAGGGGAGAAAAGAGAGAAGGCACAAGGAAGCCCAGGCUGUGCUUGCAGCUGCAACUGCUGCUGCUGCAGCUUCUUCCAGGCUUUCAUCUUUCAGGAAAGAUACACUUGAAGAAUCCGCUCACCAUGAGAAUAAGUUGAAAAUAAAGGCUUUUGGAGGGAGAUCUGCAGUUCAUGCACAACCAAAGGAAACACACCCGAAAUUGUCUGUAACGUGGACCCCACCUGAAAUGAACAUUGAUUCUUCACCAUCAACUUUAGAUUACAAAGGGCAUUCUAGGGUUUGUGACGUUUGCAGACGGGAGGAAACAGUUUUGAAUCCAGUUAUUAUAUGUUCUAGUUGCAAGGUUGCAGUGCACAUAGAUUGUUAUCGUAGUGUGAAAGAUUCUACGGGUCCAUGGUUUUGUGAGUUAUGUGAAGAUUCAUCGUCUUCUAGAAGCAGGGGGGUCCCAUCUUUCAGUUACUCAGAGAAGCCGUCUCGUGUGGCGGAAUGUUGCUUAUGUGGUGGCACUACUGGUGCUUUUAGGAAGUCAACUGAUGGUCAAUGGGUCCAUGCCUUCUGUGCUGAGUGGGUUCUAGAAUCAACUUUCAGAAGGGGGCAGCUGAAACCUAUUCAGGGCAUGGAGACAAUCUCCAGAGGGAACGAUGUUUGCCUUGUUUGCAGCCGCAGAGUUGGCGCCUGUAUAAAGUGCAAUUAUGGUCACUGUCAAAGCACAUUUCAUCCCACUUGUGGCAAGAGUGCUGGCUUCUUCAUGAACGUGAGAACUAGUGGUGGAAAAAUACAACACAAGGCUUACUGUGAGAAGCACAGCCAGGUGGAGAGGACAAAGGCCGAGACUCAAAAACAUGGAGUUGAAGAAUGGAAUUCUCUCAAGAAAGUCAGGGUUGAAUUGGAGAGAUUACGUCUCAUCUGUGAAAGAAUCAUCAGACGUGAGAAAUUGAAGCGUGAAUUGGUGAUUUGUUCACAUGACAUGCUUCGUUGGAACAGAGAGUCGGUAUGUUCAUCUUCAUCAUCAUGUAUAAUACCCCCCCGUGGGGUUUGCACUGGCACUGGUUUUCUGUCACCAGAUGUUAGUUCAGAAUCCGCUACAACUUCCUUAAGAGGAGGAUACACAAACAGCUACAAAUCAUGCAGUGAAACCAUCAUCCAAAGAUCCGAUGACAUCACAAUCGACAGCACCACCACAGUCGCCGGAAAACGCCGAAUUAGGUUUCCCAUUGCGAUGGCGGCAAUGGACAACGACCAAAAAACAGACGACAGUUCGACCUCUCAAAUCUUUACACAGGCUCCUUCUGUGAGUGUGAAUGUAAGGCCGAUGCUUUCCGGAAAACAAAUCCCAAUUAGACCCUCAUCUGUGGUUUCCCUGACUACCUCUACUGAUGAUGGGGACAAGUUUUUCCGGCAUGGAAAGCAUACAGAGACUUUUGAGAAAGAGCUGGUGAUGACAUCAGAUCAAGCAACCAUGAGGAACCAACGCUUGCCAAAAGGAUUUGUUUAUGUUCCAAUUCGUGUCCUCUCAAAUGAGAAUGAGGAAACAGUUCCUGCUGCUGUGGCCCCCACACCCAAAGUAGCAUCAGCAUCGUCUGAGGAAAAUUCAGGACAAGAUGGAUAGAUAUAUAAGACCAUUUGGGUCAUCACAGGUUUUUUUUUUGGACAACUUAUCUCGUGCGGUUUGCAGAUGAAGGGAAAAGUUUUUUUUAUUCUGAUGAUGUUGUAUAUUCAUUCUCAUUGGGAAGAGAGAAGAGAAGAGAAGAGAAGAAACCUGUACAGUAUUAUGAUGAAGUGAGUGAUGAGUGGGUUUUGUUGAUUUGUUGUAGUGGUGGUGGUACUUUUAGAUUUUUUUUUUGGUUGGUUGGUUAUUGUAAUGUUAUAGAAAGAUAUUGGCUGCAGGUUGCAGUGCAGUUGUAAAGUGGUGUACAUAGAGAGAUAAGAUGAUACUAGUGCUAUAGUGAUCAGAUCAUAGCAAUUGCACAACAUAAGAAAAACAAAAAGAGAGCAUUUCUUUUUCUCUUGUUUCUCCUCCACAUUGUUUCUCAAUGGUUUAAUUUGACUGAAGCAGCAUAGGUUUUCUGGGGC